AUGCUGACCCUCAUUGGAGAAGGGCCUCCCCCGUACCUGGCUCCGUUCUUUACGCUGUCAUAUCGCAUCGACCCACCUGCUAGUCCCGACUCUUUUCACGACUGGCCAUACUACACAACGGGCCCCCAUGACAUAUGGUUCAUUAUAACGUGUAUUGCAUUCAUGGCCAUUAUCCGCGACGUCCUUCGCCUCUACGUCUUCGAACCAUUUGCCGAAUGGCGUCUCAUGAAGAACCUGAACGAAAAACGACUGGCUGCUGGCAAGUCUGUCAAAACCAAUGGCCACAACAACAGUCCUUCGAAGAAAGACCUGCAGCACAUUCAUAGAAGUGUCCUUCGGUUCGCAGAGCAAGGCUGGUCGGCUGUGUAUUAUCCUAUUCAAUUCAUUUUUGGACUUUAUGUGAACUAUAAUCUCCCCAACCAACUCCUUACAUAUGCGCCAUUGUGGGCCGGCUACCCUCAUACAGCUAUUGCCGCACCGCUCAAGUUCUACUACCUCACUCAGACCGCGUUCUACACGCACCAGAUCCUAAUUUUGAACGCAGAGGCGCCUCGCAAGGACCAUUACCAAAUGAUGGCUCACCAUAUCAUUACCGUCUUCCUAAUGGGCGCCAGCUACUAUUUCAACUUUACCCGCGUUGGCUCCUUCAUAAUGGUCUUGAUGGACACUUGCGAUGUAUUCUUACCGAUUGCGAAGAUGGCACGUUAUAUGGAGGCUCGUCAAAUCAUCUGUGACAGUCUCUUUGGUAUUUUUGUUGUGUCAUGGUUCUUCACUCGACACGUCUUGUUCAUGCUCGUCAUCUGGUCUCUCUGGUCAGAGGCACCACACUUGAUAACGCUGCAAUGGGACCCAGCAAAUGGACAUUUUUUGAGCCGAGAAUACCAUUGGGUAUUCCUCAUUUGCCUCACUGCCUUACAGAUAAUUCAACUUCUCUGGUUCCAGACGAUAUGCCGCAUAACGUGGCGGGUACUUUCGACUGGGGAGGUGGCUUCAGAUGACCGCAGCGACGAGGAGAACUAG